AUGGUAGUACAUUCAGACUUCUCCUUGUGCCAACAAGAGGAUAAUUCUUUCCAUAUUCCUGUCCAGUCCUGCCGAGAUGGCUUCGAUUUCUCGUUGCUGUUCGAGGAAACUAUUCUAGGGAUUUUGCCUCUUGGGGUAAUUCUCGCAAUUGCCUCAUUACGUCUCUGGCAUCUGUUUCGAAAGCCACGCAAAGUGGUAACCUCAUGGUUGCUAUGGGCAAAAAUUGCAAUCUGGGCCAUCUUAGGAAUUUUCCACCUUGCGCUAAUAGCACUAUGGUCACUCCCAACGGCAAACCGAACGCAAGCUUCCAUUGCUGCGAAUGUGGUGGUGACUGUGGGAACCUUGUUUCUCGGUCUCCUGUCUUACACAGAACAUAACUAUUCAGUCAGGCCUUCUCUUCUUCUGAACAUAUACCUCUUUAUCACCAUUCUCUUCGACGUAGCCAAGGUAAGAACGCUUUGGUUGCGUGAACUAGCCGGAAUCAACAGAACGAUUGCCAUUAUUACUUCCGUAGCAGUCGGUGUCAAAGCCUUACUCUUCCUUCUUGAGACUGUGGAAAAGCGGCGCAUCCUCAAGAAUGUAUACGCAAAGUAUCCACCUGAAGCUACGGGGGGCAUCUUGAACAGAACCUUCUUUUGGUGGUUAAACCCUCUGUUCAAGGCUGGGUUUUCCAAGUUAUUAACGGUAGAUGAUCUGUUCAUCUUGGAUAAGCAAUUGGGUUCCAAACGACUGCAUAAUUCUUUGGAGGUCAUGUGGAACAAAAGGAGCAAGAGCUCAUUUCUACUCGUCACUUUUCGGACAUUUCAAUGGGAGCUUCUCUCAGCCGUUCUUCCGCGAGCUUGUCUCGCUGCCCUGAACAUAUGUCAGCCUUUGCUACUGCAUAAGUCACUCUCCUUUUCGAUAGAGCCCGAGACUAGUGCCACCACUAACAUCGGUUAUGGUUUGAUUGGUGCCUAUAUACUCGUGUAUCUUGGAAUGGCGAUAACAACGGGGCAGUAUCAGCAUAGGACGUAUCGCGCCAUCACGAUGGUGAGGGGUGCCGUCAUUUCCAUGGUGUAUAGGAAAGCCGCAACAUUAAGCGUUGAAGACGCUGAUCCUGCUUCAUCUCUUACUCUGAUGAGUGCCGAUAUAGAGAGAAUUGUUCAGGGAUGGCAGACAAUCCAUGAUAUCUGGGGUAAUGCCUUGGAGAUAGGUUUGGCUAUUUUCCUUCUUGAACAGCAGUUGGGGGUAGCUGCCGUGGUAGCUGUCGGUGUCGCUGUUGUGGCUCUUACUGGCUCGCUAGUAAGUCUUACAUUUGUGAUGUCAAGACAAGCCAUGUGGCUCGAGGCAAUCGAAAGACGCAUCUCGUCUACCGCAUCCAUGCUUUCAUCUAUGAAGGGAAUUAAGAUGCUGGGACUUAGUGAUCUACUUAUGACGUGCAUUCAUAACUUAAGGCUUGAGGAAUUGAGUAUUUCGAGAAAUUUCAGGAAGCUCCUAGUUUGGAAUAUGGCAUUUGCUUGGACAACUCGCAUUUUUGCGCCGAUAUUCGCCUUCGGUGCAUUUGUUGGUAUCUCGCAUAGAAAUGGGAAUGAUGCUGCCCUGAAUACUCCGACGACUUAUACAUCGUUAUCCCUAUUUGCCCUUUUGGCAGACCCUCUUUUGAAUUUGGUCAUGGCUUUGAUGACUUUCUUUGGGUCUGUUGGCUCCUUCCAAAGGAUUCAGGAAUUCCUUGAGAGAAACGGCCAUGAAGAUUCCAGAGAGAGGCCCAUGGCACUCCAACUAGAGCCUGGACAAGAUUCUAAGCACUCGGCUUUUAUUGAAGACUCUGAGACCUUGAAUGAUGCGUCGAGCUCUUCCAAAUCGGCCAAGGAGUCCUUGGCUCUACUUGAAAAUAUGGUCACAAUCAACAAUGGUGCGUUUGGGUGGGAUACACAGAAAGAACCUCUCUUGAAGAAUUUGACAAUUACGAUCCCCCGACAGACUUUCACCAUGUUAGUCGGGCCUUCCGGCUGUGGAAAAUCAACAUUGCUCAAAGCUAUCCUUGGCGAAGUGCCUUGCUUGGAUGGGACCAUAUGGCUGUUGUCAGAAUGUAUUUCCUACUGUGACCAAACACCGUGGCAUAUGAACGGUUCGAUCAAGCAGAGUAUUGUGGCGAUGUCGGGGCUAGAUGAAGAUUGGUAUCUUUCGGUUAUCCACGCAUGUGCUCUGGCUGAAGACUUCGAGCAAUUACCACGUGGGGAUCAAACUAUUAUUGGAAGCAAGGGCAUCGCCCUGAGUGGAGGACAAAGUCAACGUAUUGCACUUGCCAGAGCAGUAUAUGCCAGGAAAGAUCUCAUAGUUUUAGAUGAUGUUUUUAGCAGUCUUGAUGCGACAACCGAAGAGCAUAUCUUCCAAUGCUUGAUUGGUACCCAUGGCUUGCUUCGUUCAAUUGGUUCAACUAUCCUCGUCUCUUCAUCUUCCGUAAAACGAGUUCCUUUUGCCGACCACAUUAUAGUACUUGGAAAUGAGGGUCAUAUCAUUGAACAAGGCAGCUUCAAAUCUCUUGAUCUCGCAGGAGGGUACAUCUCAAGCUUUGCGCUAGGCCUUCCCGAGCAGAGCGAGACUGUUGAGAAGCCCAGCAAUUCAGACAAAAUCAAUAUUCAAAUGGCCUCUGUUGAAAAGAAUGAGGACUGCCAGACAGAAAAUCCCGGGGCAAGCGGCGAUAUAGCGAUUUAUUUGUACUAUAUCAGGUCGAUUGGCUGGCUCCCUACAAUAAUUUUCAUAGUUUCGAUUACAGGGUUCGUGUUCUGUAUAUCUUUUCCCAGUAUUUGGAUGAACUGGUGGGCCAGUUCAAAUGAAAUGGCGCCUGGUAAACACACGGGCUAUUACCUGGGGAUAUAUGCAAUGCUUGGUGCUGUCGGCAUGAUUUGUCUCAUUGUCGGUUGCUGGCAAAUGAUCAUAACUAUGGUGCCUAGAUCUGGAGAAAAUUUCCACAGAAAGCUCUUGAGCACGGUUUUGAGGGCACCUAUGUUAUACUUCUCGAAAACGGAUAGCGGUGCCAUUCUUAAUCGAUUCAGCCAAGACUUACAGCUAAUUGACAUGGAGCUCCCAGUUGCUGCUAUCAAUGCAUUCGUUACAUUUGUACUUUGCAUAUGCCAAAUGGUGUUUAUGGGGUUAGCCUCAAAAUACGCGGCUAUCUCCUUUCCGGCAGUCAUUCUUGCGGUUUAUUUCAUACAGAAGGUGUAUCUUCGAACCUCGCGACAACUGCGGUUCCUAGACCUUGAAGCCAAGGCGCCUCUAUAUUCUCACUUUUCUGACUGUCUCAGUGGUUUAGUAACCCUAAGGGCGUUUGGCUGGCAGCAAGCCUUGGAAGAGAAGAACAACGAAUUGCUUGACUUCUCUCAGAGACCGUUUUACCUAUUAUAUGCCAUUCAACGCUGGCUUACACUCACUUUAGACCUAGUAGUCGCCGGGAUUGCAGUUUUGCUGAUUGUUCUAGUCGUGGUACUACGUGGGUCAAUGAGCGCAGGCUAUGUUGGUGUAGCCUUGCUGAAUGUCAUACUGUUCAGCCAGAGCAUCAAACUGCUGGUAACAUUCUGGACCAAUCUUGAGACACAUAUCGGCUCUAUUUUGCGUGUCAAGUUGUUCUCUGAGAAUGUACCUUCAGAGAAUCUACCCUCGGAGAGCCACAGCCUGCCGCCAGACUGGCCGUCGCGGGGAAGCAUAGUCUUUGACUCUGUUUGUGCAGAGUAUAGAGCCUCCGAGCCAGUUAUCAGUGACGUAUCCUUAUCUAUCCAAGCCGGCGAAAAGGUGGGAAUCUGCGGUAGAACGGGCAGCGGCAAAACCUCCCUCAUUAUGAGUGUCUUCCGCAUGGUUGAGCUCAGCUCUGGUAGUAUCCGGAUUGACGACAUCGACAUAUCGAAGGUACCACGACAAGAAGUGCGCUCCCGCAUCAAUGGGGUCGCUCAAAGUCCCCUGUUGAUAAGAGGGAGUAUCAGAGAAAACAUUGAUCCAACAGGCCACCACACUGAUAAGGCUAUAAUGGAGGCCCUUAGAACUGUUCAACUAUCUUCAAAGGUCGAAGAAAAUGGAGGCCUGAACACCGAGGUUGAUGAGCUAUUCCUCUCCCACGGACAGAAGCAGCUUUUCUGUCUUGCUCGAGCAAUCCUACGUCAAGGAAACAUUCUUGUCCUUGAUGAAGCCACUAGCAGUGUCGAUACCGUGACAGAUGAGAUAAUGCAACGGAUCAUCCGGGAAAAAUUCAGCAACCAUACAAUCAUCACUGUCGCCCACAAGCUCGAAACUAUCCUCGAUUAUGACAAGGUCAUCGUGCUUGACACCGGCCGCAUAAUUGAGUCUGGAAGUCCCUAUACUCUUCUCGCUUCAGGUACCUCGCACUUCAGUAAAUUGUAUGCAAGUUCGAUGAUGCAAGAAGCGGAGUAAAC